CGGCGCGGGCAGGAGCGGCCAGUGCCAUGAGCCGGGUCUGAGGUGAGGGGCUGGGGCAGUGCCGAGAGCCGCGGCUGAGGCGAGGGGGCUGGGGCAGUGCCGAGAGCCGCGGCUGAGACUCUGACACAUCUCUGGAACCUGCAAUGACAAGUCGGAACAGUAGCCAUGCAGACAAAACUGGUGAAAUGUCCUCAAAGCAGUCAACACCAAAAGUGCAGGUCCAACGAUCUGUCUCCCGAGAAACCAUCACAAUUCAUUUCUCUGCAUUUGGGAAGGAGGAAGAAGAGGAGGAAGAGGAGUUUAAAGAGUUUCUUGAUGAGGAACUAGAUGACCAAAGCAUUGUAACAGCACUUGAAGCCAAGGAAGACCUCUGCUUUGAGCAUAGCGGCCAUGACCUUUUUGGUCCAGCUACCUCGCUUAACAUGGCCAACUCUGCAUCACUGCUGUCCUCAUCGCCUGCAGUUCUGCCAGCUGCAGAAACUGUAAAGCUGUUGGACUCUUCUUCCCCAUCCCAAAUACUCAGUGCAGUGCCACCAGUCCUGUCUCCAUCGUCACACUCAUGUCACACAUUUGGCUCAUCAGGUGCGCCAGCACCACCUGUGGAACAGAAAUCCAGUCUGUCUUCCCCAUCCUCAUCUCCUUCCAGGUCAGUUGCCUGCUCUAGUGGCUCAUCCACAGUUUCUAGUUCAAAGCCUUUUAAGGGGUUAGUCAAGUCCUUUUCAACAGAAGUGGAACCAAAAGAACCCACCCCACCAAUGCGACACAGACACUUAAUGAAAACCUUGGUGAAAUCUCUGUCUACAGACACUUCUAAACAGGAGCCUGAAGCUGUGUCUUACAGGCCACCUGACUCGAAACUGAACCUGCAUCUGUUCAAACAGUUCACUCAACCUCGAGCUACAGGUGGUGAUUCUAAAACUGCCCCCUCCUCUCCAUUAACAUCCCCCUCCGACACUCGUUCCUUUUUUAAAGUACCUGAAAUGGAGGCUAAAAUUGAAGAUACGAAACGACGCCUUUCUGAGGUAAUCUAUGAGCCUCUUCAGCUGCUCAGCAAAAUAAUGGGUGAUGAAAGUAGUAGCCACAGGCCCAAAGCCUUAUCUUCAAGUGCUUCAGAACUCUCAAACCUUUCCAGUUUGAACGGCCAUUUGGAAAGCAAUAACAACUACAGCAUUAAGGAAGAGGAGUGUGAUUCUGAAGGGGAUUUCUCUGGGGGUGACUUUAGCUUGACUAAGAGUGAUCUCAAGAGGGCAGAAGAACAUGCAAAAGAGAUGGAGACCAAAAGCUCUCAGUCUGCAAGCACAAAGGAUGUGGGGUCAAAACCUUCACUUGUACUUGAAAAAUGUUUGUUGUCUGCACUAGUGAGCAGGGAGGAUGAGGAGUUUUGUGAACUGUAUUCUGAAGACUUUUUCUUGCUAGAGGAAGAAAGCAAAACUGAUAAACCCGCUGAAACUGUGGUGGAGCCUGAGAUGACUGAGGAAACUGUUACUAUGCUCAGUAGUGAAGAUGAAAAUAAUCUGGAUGUGCAACAGUCUGAAAUACCCGUAAAAACUUUAUACUUAUUAAUACUGUUAGUCUAUGCUUACCUUAUUAUCCCUCUCCCUGGCUAUUUAAGUGGACUUUUACUUGGAAUGGCCCUUGGAUUUAUGGUAGCUGUCUGUGUGAUUUGGCUUCUUAUUCCACGUACUCAUGAGUAUCUGAAAUUGCAUAAAAGCAUGAAAAAGCGAUGGAAUACAGGAGCUCUGGACAUCAAAGAACCUGAAAUACUGAAGGGAUGGAUGAAUGAAAUUUAUAAUUAUGAUCCAGAAACGUACCAUGCUACAUUGACUCACUCUGUCUAUGUGCGACUUGAAGGCAGCACCCUACGACUUUCAAAACCCAACAAAAAUAUUUCUAGAAGAGCUGUGUACAAUGAGCCAAAGCCUGAAGUCACAUAUGUCAGUCAAAAAAUUUAUGAACUAACAGACAGCAAGAUUUCCCUGGUUCCAAAGAGCCUGGCACGGAAACGCAUUUGGAAUAAGAAAUACCCAAUUUGCAUUGAACUGGCCAAACAGGAGGACUUCAUGGCCAAGGCCCAGACUGAGAAGGAGACUGCAGAGGAGAAGCCUGCUGAAAAAGGGGACUUGAACAAUGAGGAAUCCAAGAAACCUCAGGAUGGAGUAAAGUCCACUUGCCAAAAGGAUCAAGUGCUUUACCUCUUUGGAAGGACGGGGAGGGAGAAGGAGGAGUGGUUCAGAAGGUUCCUUCUCGCAUCGAAGCUCAAGUCUGAAGUAAAGAAGCCACCCAGUGGGAGCAAGCCAGGGGUGCUGCCAGCACACGGCAGAACUGACAGUCAGUCUGGAGUUCUCACACACAGCCGGAGCAGCAGCAAGGGAAGUGCAGAAGAAAUCACAUCCCAGCCAAAGCACAAGGACCUGGCUGGCAACAUGAGGCAGAAAAUGCUUCUGGACUACAAUAUUUAUAUGGCAAAGUGUAUUCCACAAGAAAAGAAAAGCCCUUCAGGUAGUCCAGUUGUCAGUGCAGACAGCAGCCCUACAGCUGUGAAAAAGUUGCCAGAUGCCAAUGUGGAAGCUGAAGAAGAAGAACAGGAGGCCUGGGUGAACGCUCUGCUUGGAAGAAUAUUUUGGGAUUUUUUAGGAGAGAAGUAUUGGUCUGAUCUAGUGUCAAAGAAGAUCCAAAUGAAACUUAGCAAAAUAAAGCUGCCCUACUUCAUGAAUGAGCUGACUCUGACUGAGCUUGACAUGGGGAUAGCAGUGCCCAAGAUCCUUCAAGCCUUCAAACCUUCUAUUGAUCACAGAGGACUUUGGGUUGAUUUGGAAAUGUCCUACAAUGGAUCUUUUCUAAUGACCCUGGAGACCAAGAUGAACUUGACCAAACUUGGUAAAGAGCCGCUUGGGGAAGCGUUGAAGGUUGGCGAGAUCGGCAGGGAAGGUUUCAGGCCAAGGGCGUAUUGUCUUGCAGACAGCGACGAGGAAUCCUCCAGCGCCGGCUCUUCAGAGGAAGAUGAUGCUCCUGAGCUGGCAGGAGAGAAGCAGCUGACCCCAGGAGGAGAAGGGUAUGUUGGAGGACAUCGGACAAGUAAAAUCAUGAGAAUUGUGGAUAAAAUUACAAAGUCAAAAUACUUUCAGAAAGCAACAGAGACUGAGUUUAUUAAGAAAAAAAUUGAAGAGGUCUCCAAUACUCCAUUGCUGCUAACAGUUGAAGUACAAGAGUGCAGAGGAACACUAGUGAUUAACAUUCCACCUCCACCCACUGACAGACUAUGGUACGGCUUCCGAAGGCCUCCCUACCUGGAGUUAAAAGCGCGGCCAAAACUUGGUGAGAGAGAAGUGACUCUGGUUCAUGUAACAGACUGGAUAGCAAGGAAACUGGAACAGGAGUUCCAGAAAAUCUUUGUCAUGCCAAACAUGGAUGAUGUCUAUAUUCCUUUAAUGCACUCAGCCAUGGAUCCCCGCUCCUCCACGUGCCCUCCUCAAGAUCUGAGCACAGAGGCCUCUGAUCAACCAUGACAUGUGAAGACUCUUGCAGUUUACAGUAUUAUAAAAGUUACUCUCAUGGUUUUAUAAAC